AUGAAAAUCAGCAUCCUUGAAAAGUCCAAGACCAAAAGAGCCUCGUUGGUUUCUGCCGGAGAAGGGAGCAGCAGUGCAAGUGCAUCCGCGGAAACCAGCAACGAGCCCAUGGGAGCAGCCCCGUCCUCAUCCUCAUCACACCCCGCCAUCCCCGGCGCCUACGACGAAACAGCAGUGGCCGAAAUCGUCGAGGACCCUGAAGCGUACUUAUUACAACUGCAGAACGAAUGGCUACGGAAACACCACGAUGCGAUCAACGAAGCGCAGACGGCACCGCUCGCCAACGGAGACGAGGUCGACUGGCGAUUAUACAGCCCGCCGCCGGGUUUGGCCGACGCCUCCAAGGUGUUCUCAGAGCCGCUCGUCGAGAUUAUCCCCCAGUCCAUAGCCAACGUGCAAGCGCGUGUCACGCAGCAAUUACAGCGAGAAAAGGAAGACGCCGCCGCGCGAAAGGCCGUGGAGGAGGCCGAGGCGCAAGAGGCCGCAAAGAACAAGGAACCGUACCUGCCCAUCAAACUGGACGGGCCGAAGGAGAAAGAAACUGAUACUUCGUCGGUGGAUAUUAAACCGGAUUGCGACACGGCAUCGCUCUUCUCGCGACGUAGCUUCAUUCAGGAGCAGGUGGACAGGCGUCGCAAGUUUGGCUUCCGGAAGCUCUUUCACCGCAGCUACGAAAAGGGAGAGACCGCCGCAGCUGGCGCGGCCCGCGAAGCGAUCCUUCAAGAUCUGGAAAAUCGACUAAGCAAGGCAAACGUUGAAUCCACGGCGCCGGACACGCAAGAGACGCUCCAGAAGCUGAGGCGAAACAAGACUGUCCGCGUGCCAGAGACGCAAGAACUGGUUGAAUGCGUUUCUUGUCUUGACGACUUUUCCAAGAAAGAUGUCGUCAAAGUCGUCUGCCAUAGUUACUGCAGCGACUGCUUCGUCCGACUCAUCACCGCCGCCUGCGCCAACGAGCAACAGUGGCCGCCCAAGUGCUGUCUCAACCAGAUCCCAUUCCGCACAGUCUUGGACCACAUACCCGGCGACCUCAAGAAAACGUUUGAAGAGCGGCGAUCCGAGUGGGAGGUGCCCAUCGCCGAGCGCGUUUACUGCCACGUCCCCGAGUGCUCAGCCGUGAUCCCACCAAGGAAUAUCAACCUCGCCAAGCGUGUCGCGCGCUGCUCGCAGAGCCACUCGACAUGCACCAUCUGCCGUCGUCCUGCUCACGGGAAGAACGAGUGUCCCGAAGACCAGGAGAUGAACAUGACCAACCUGCUGGCCGAGGAGGAGGGCUGGAAGCGGUGCUCGCAGUGCCGCGCGUUGGUCGAGCACCGCGAGGCGUGCCAGCACAUGACGUGCCGCUGCGGCUACCAGUUCUGCUACGUCUGCUGCCGCCGCUGGUGCACCUGUUCCUGCACCAUGGCGCAGCUCAACGAGCUCAAGGCUGCCGCCGGCGUCCGGCGCAACGAGCGCCGCCGGCGCGAGGAGCAGGAGUCGGAGGAGCUAAGGCAAAUCCUAGCGCAGAUCGAGGAGCUCGAGCGGCGCGAGGCCGAGAUCCAGGAGCAGCACCGGAUCGCGAUGCAGCGGGAGCGCGCGCGCGGCGAGAUCCUGCGCCGGCAGACGGUCGAGGUCAAGUUCCAGCAGCUCGCGCGCAUCCUCGACGGCCUGCACGAGACGCAGGAGGGCGUCGUCGGGUGGCAGCAGGAGGCCGACGCCCGCGACCUGGCGGUGGACGCGCAGGCCAAGGAGGCCGCGCUCGACGCGGAGCAGGCCGCGGAGCUGCGCGACAUCGACGACAAGAUCGCGACGCGCACCGCCGACGCCGAGGCCCGGCUGGACGCGGAGCUCGCGCGGCGCGUGGCCAAGGAGCGCAGGCUCGAGGACGACUACGAGGCGCAGCUGCGAGAGUACUGGGCCGACAAGAGGGUCGCCGGCGGGGAGGGGCAGGAGGACGAGGUGGGGGUGGCGAUGCUGGCGCUCCGGCGGCGCAUGGACGAGGGCUACCGGCAGUGGCAGGCGUGGCGCGCGACGGAGCUGGAGGCGCACCGGGCCCGGCUGCUCGACGAGCGGACGAUCCGCGAGGAGCUCAUGUACAGCGCGCGGCACCGGCUGCGCGCGCGCCACGAGGACAUGGGCGCGGAGCUGGCGCGGCGGGUCGUCGCGGAGCGCAGCUGGACGCGCGAGGUGUUUGCGGAGCGGAGGGUGCUGCUCGCCGCGGCCGAGGCGGCCGAGAUGGUCGGCGACGCGGACAGUCUCUUUGGCAUCGACCUGGACGCGCCCCGGCCGGCGACGCCGGAUGAUAUCGGGAUGGCCGUUUGA